UACGAACCCAAUAAUCUCGCGCACCGGUUAAGCUUAGAAACGUUUUUCUUCCUGUUAGUUUAUAUAAGUUGUCAAAAAAAUAUUAAGAUGACAUCGUCUUUUCGGGUGACAAUAUCAUCGGAAUUGGCGAUCGGAGAAGGUCUGGGUAGCUCCGCAUCAUUCGUGGCAUGUCUCGCGGCGUGUUUUUAUCGUUUGUCGUUUCUACAGAAAGGAAUCGUCAUCGCCGAAUUUGACUGUCAAGAUAUUUCGGUUAUUUUUCAAUACGUUCAGAAAUGCAGUUAUAUGAUAUACAAUGACUGGACUACAAUUGAUUCCCUCGUAUGCGUGUACGGUUCGGUAUAUGUAUUCCGAUCGGACGUACAGACAGCUGUAUAUGAAGCAUUACCGAACAUGAAGAUCCUGUUGGUUUCCCCAAAUGUUUGCCACAAAACAAUAAUCGAUCAAAACGUACAAACGGGGAAAAUCUGCCAGUCAUAUUUAAACAUCAAGUCUAUCCAGAAGUGUAUCGACGAUAUAGUCGAAAUGUCUAAUAAUAUACAGGGUGUCCUAAAACCACCGGAGGUCCUCUUAAUGGACACCCUGUAUUUGAAGACAUGGAGAAUAAUCUAUUCAAAUUACGUAAGGGUAUCACGUCACUCGGACACAGCAAACGUGGAUGUUAUCUUACAUGUUCUUGUGCUAUUUCUUAGACACUAUUACUGCAUAGUAAUCUGCUGGAAACUUUAUUCAUCUCUUAAUACGUAUGCUUUGCAGACUCUUAUCAAUGUGAAUCAAGGAUUACUGCACGCUUUAUGUGAUGGUGGAAGCAGAUAUGUGUUCAUUUUACUGUUACCAAACAGCACAGACGAACUGCUCACUCAGCUCUUAGACGAACUCAAGUCACGUAAUUUCCCCGCCAAGCUAACCAGUUUGAAUUGUUCAGGAGUAAAAAUUGACUAGCGUGUUAAAAUUAGUAACUUAAUAUGUGUAGUUAAAUUUGGACAAUGCACAUACAAGUCUUACAAUAGCAGGCUGUAAAGAAAAGUAGCAUAAUUAUGUAUGAGUAUACAUGUAUAAACAGGAUAGAUCAGCAAAUAUGAUAUCAUAUUAUAUAAUAUAUGAUCAAAUAUUACAAAUAUUUCCAUGAUCAUACUUGGUACUGCACC